CUGGACUGGACGGACCGGAGCGGAGCGGAGAAGCCCGGGGCAGGGGAGGAAUCAGCAGGCGGACAUGGAGGGACAGAGCAGCGGCGGCGGCGGCACCUGCGGCCGCUCUGACGGUGAGAGGAAGAGGAGGAUGAAGAAGAUAGAGAUGGAGAGUGACAGAGUGACUCUGAAGAAGGAGAUCGGUCUGCUGAGCGCGUGCACCAUCAUCAUAGGAAACAUCAUUGGCUCUGGGAUCUUCAUCUCUCCGAAGGGCGUGCUGGAGCACUCGGGCUCCGUGGGUUUGGCGUUGGUGGUCUGGUUACUGGGAGGAUGCAUCGCAGCUUUAGGCUCACUAUGCUACGCUGAGCUGGGCGUCACCAUCCCCAAGUCUGGAGGAGACUACUCCUACGUGACGGAGAUCUUUGGUGGUCUGAUGGGGUUUCUGCUGUUGUGGAGCGCCGUCCUCAUCAUGUAUCCGACCACACUGGCGGUCAUCGCCCUCACCUUCUCUAGCUACGUCCUGCAGCCCGUCUUCCCAAACUGCGUCCCUCCGUACAUGGCGACGAGGAUGCUCUCGGCCACGUGUCUCUUGCUGCUGACGUGGGUGAACUGCUCCAGUGUUCGUUGGGCCACCAGGAUCCAGGACAUCUUCACUGUGGGGAAACUGAUGGCUCUGGGUCUUAUCAUUGUGGUUGGCCUGGUCCAGAUCUUCAACGGUAACUCUGUUAAACCUCACUGCCCCCUGAGGUUUAACCAACAAACAACAAAACUUUCUCUGCCGUGUGUGUUUUUUUCCUCAGGGAACUACGAGGCUCUGACUCCUCAGGUGGCCUUCUCUCUGGAGAAGACGCCGACGGUCGGACAGAUCGCUCUGGCUUUCCUUCAGGCCUCGUUUGCCUUCAGCGGCUGGAACUUUCUCAACUAUGUGACAGAAGAGGUGGUUGAACCCAGAAGGAAUCUACCUCGUGCCAUCUACAUUUCCAUUCCAUUGGUGACGUUUGUGUACACGCUCACCAACAUCGCCUACUUCUCCUCCAUGUCGCCCGACGAGCUGCUGUCGUCCAACGCUGUGGCUGUAACGUUCGGAGAGAAGCUCCUGGGAAUGUUCUCCGUCAUCAUGCCCAUCUCUGUGGCCCUGUCCACCUUUGGGGGGAUCAACGGUUACCUGUUCACUUCCUCCAGGUUGUGUUUCUCAGGUGCCAGAGAAGGUCACCUGCCCAGCCUGCUGGCCAUGAUCCACUACAAGAACUGUACACCAAUCCCUGCUCUCCUGGUCUGCUGUGCUGCGACCAUCGUGAUCCUCUGCAUCGGAGAAACACACAACCUCAUCAACUAUGUCUCCUUCAUCAACUACCUGUCGUACGGCGUCACAAUAGCAGGUCUGCUGUUCUACCGCUGGAAGAAACCCAACCUUUACCGACCCAUCAAGGUGAACCUGCUGGUUCCUGUGUGUUACCUGAUGUUCUGGGCGCUGCUGCUGGGCUUCAGUCUUUACUCUGAGCCGGUGGUUUGUGGUGUCGGACUGGUCAUUAUGCUCACUGGUGUACCUGUCUACUUCCUGGGUGUCCACUGGAAAGAAAAACCAAAGUGUAUCUACAACUUCAUCGAGAGGGCGACAUACGUGGGCCAGAGGUUGUGUUUCGUGGUCUUUCCUCAGAUUGACCCCAUCGAGGUCGCAAACUCCUCAGAAUGGACUGACCGCUCAUCACGCAGGAGCAGUUUGUCUGCCAAUUCUUAAAAACUCUUGGCUGAAUAUGUGAAGAUCUUUGUUUUGUUUUUGUUCAGAGUCCAGACUCCUGCUCCUGGUUUUGGGAGCUUUAGGUCUGAACCUGUUUCUCUUCCGUUGAGUGGAGACUCCUGCAUUAUUUCCCCUCUCUUUUCUACAAAGUCGAUAAACACAGAAACUUGUUGCCCAGAGCAUCACACUCUGAAAAUGACUUUUUUUUUUUUUUUUUUUGCCGUUUUGGACCUUUUGUUUCUCUUUGUGUAAUAUCACCAGGACUCAGAAUCGACUGACAACGAAAUGUUUCUUCUUGUGAUUGUUGCUUUUAUGUUUUUUGUGCCUUAAAGCCUUUUCACACCGAGUCCACAACAAAUCACACCUCAGGAUUCCCGAUACAGUAAAGAAAACAACACAUUAACCCUUAUGCAACUUAAAAAAAGUAACACUCAGCACCUUAAGGACAAAAAAUUUAACCUCCCUAAACAGGUUUUUUAUUUUUCAUGAAAUAGAUUUUUUUUUAUCAAGAUCAAACCUGAUCAUGAAAAAAUAUUAAUUUCAGCAUUAUAACUAGUACCAAUUUCCUCAAUUUAACACAUAUGAAAGAUGCAAUAGUUUAUAUAUACGUCAUGUUGAUGAUAUUUCCUUUGGAGAGAUAACACAGCCUGGGAUAUGUCACAUAUGAACAACAACAUUAUUUUUGAUGUAGUGUCACUGUUUUAAAAACAACUUCACUCUCAGAACAGCUGCUGCUUUUUUUUUACCAAGAGUGUAUGAGAGUUUUCACCAACAGUACAAAACAAAAUGUAUAAAUUAUCAGUGUAGGCCGUUUAUGACACAACACUGCCAUCUGCUGGAUUAUACAAUGUAUGUGUUUUGAAGCAGAAAAUGAAGCCAGUGGUGUUUUGAUAAUUCUCUGUUGUUGAGGCUCGAACAUACUGGGGUAAAGAGGACGAGAGGCGGAUCCAGAGCAGAAUUUUUGUGUUUUCAAAUUAAAAACAGAGUAGUACGGAUGUAGCUCUAACCUCUGAUUACUUUGACAUUUUAAUGUUAAUUUUAUGAUGGGGCCACACAGUUGGUGUAGUGGUUAGCACUCUUUGCCCUUGCAGCAAGAAGACCCGGGUUUGCGACCUAGUCGGAACAAGGGCCUUCCUGCAUGGAGUUUGCAUGUUCUCCUCGUGUGUGUGUGGGGAGUUUUCUCUGGCUUCUUCCCACAGUCUGAAAACAUGCAAUAUGGGGAUUGGGUAAAUUGUUGGUUCCUACAUAUAUAGUGGGACUUGGUGUGAAAAGCAAGGGAAAUGUGUAUUAUAAUAUUGUUUAUUAACUCAUUCACUAUAUUACUUACUCUGUGUUUGGUUUUGCACUUUGGUCUUCAAUAUUCUCUUCAUAUAUGAGCUUCCUGUGUGUAUGUGUGUUCUCUUGCUCCGCCCCUGCUCUGACCUCACACACACCACCAUGAUUACACCACGUAAUCAUCAGGUUUGCUGACACGCCGUGGUUGUAAUCGCAUGUAGAGGUAUUUUCAUAAUAAGAGUCUAAUGUCAUGUGUAUUAAGAAUGUGAAUUGUAUCCUCUUCUUCCUGACCCGGUGUUGCCGCUGAUACGUCUUUUUUUGUUGUUGUUGCUAUAAGACGACUGCUGUUUUAACCAAGCUUAAUGUUAGCCACGAGCGUUAGUGACUUAGCAUAUAUUGGCUCUUAAGCUGUGUUACAAUUUUGUUUUCCCCUAAAAAACUCAGUUUUUCUGACUUCAAAGGCUGAGAGGAAACGAGAUGCUGUGGUCUACAGGAAAGAUGUUAUUUCACCGUUGCCUAGGUAACAGAGCUCCAGCUGGACUUGGCACAGGUUACGCAACUCCACAAAAGCCUUUUCACACCGAGUCCACGACAAAUCGCACCUCAGGAUUCAGAAUACAGUAAAAAAAACAACACAUUAACCCUUAUGCAACUUAAAAAAAGUAACACUCAGCACUUUAAGGACAAAAAUGUAACCUCCCUAAACAAGUUUUUUAUUACAUCGGAAUUGGAAGUGACGUCAUCCCUGAGAUGACCGUGUUCUAGUUGAGAAGACAGGGGAAAGCAUGGACCCAGACUUAUCUCGGGCUAGCCGUUGUUAGCAAUAGCUGUUUAUUUGGCUCACACAGUGUAGCCACAUGAGUUUUUAUUAUUGACACGAGUGGCAGCUGCCGUGGAAUCCUGUGUCAGGUUUUGUGAUGUCGCUCAGACUUUUGCGAGUUGGAACUCUGAUCCGAGGGGACAUUCCAGUUGAAACUGAAAUUCUGACUUCCGACUACAACUGGAACGCACCAUUAGUGGAGUGGCUUGACGCCCAUAAACAGGAGCAGAUGUCAAAUAACAUUAAUUAUGCUAACAUUUGUAUUUGUUUUUGUUUAUACAAACAAUGUGCUGUUUCUCUCAUUUCCACACACACACCUCUGUGUCCAUAUGUGAGUCAACAAAUGUUUAUUUGCUCCUUUAGCAAUAUCCGUCAUCUCUGGCGUGUUGUGAAGCUCCUCCCCCCUGCAUACAUUAAAUAGACAGACACGCUGGACUGUGUCACAGAGAGUUUACAUUAAAAAAAUAACAACCUA